GUCAGUAGGUCAGGACAAACAGUUUUGUGUACAGAGAUAUCCCAUUUCUCACUCUGGGGCCUGUGCUUAAGUAAAGACACAAACAACAAAAUCUCACUUGAAUUUCACCGGUAUCUAAAACAACUUUCAACGCACAGAGUUCAGCAAUUUAUAGAGCCGUAGAACCAGUUGAAAUUAAUGCAAAAUUACCAACAACAACAAAAAUAUUAAAACUACAAAUAGAAUUCCAAAGCAAAUAAACAAAUUGUUUAACUGUAAAACGGAAAAAACUCGAAACGGUAUAAGCUGCCAUAGAAACAAAAGCACAAUUGAUGCGACUCAUGAUGAAUGAAUGGAGGGAGCCAGGAGGGUGGGGGCUGCCACUCUGAAGAUGCCGCAAGGUGCAAGCCCAUUUAAGGUGACAAGUUAAUUAAAAAUAUUUUAUAAAACUUCAACAAACGGAGUGAAAAGUGAGAGUCCAACGGGCCGACGACAACUCGCGAGAGAAAUUAUAACAGAGAUCGAGACCCAAAACGAGGGGCGCUCAACUUAAAAGAUAUCCCAAAACAAAAAACAAAAACAAAACAAUACUGGUUUUGAGAGCGCGCGCUUAAGAAAAAAAGAAGAAAAAAAACGGCUAAAACCAAUUCAGACGUACAUAAAACUGUCAAUCCAAAGAGGCAGCCCCCCUGGAUACCCGCGGGGGUCUGUCGUUGACUUUGACUGUGGCUUUGGUCCGCUGCUGGCACUUAGCAUGCGCAUGCGCUACCGUUUUCUUGGCCAGUUGUAUUUUAGCCAUUAGCACGUACGGAGCUGGAGCUGUAGCCGCCUCAAGUGUGAACCAGAGCCGAGUUAGACGCAACUGAAGCAUGUGCGAGAGUUUUCAGCUAUAUAGAAACUAAAAGUGAAUUAAACUGGGCUACACGCACCGAGAGACUCUUUGGGGCUUGGCUUGGUGAAUUUUGUAUUGUGAAAGCGAAAGUUGCGUGCAAAAAGUGGAGUUUUAUGUACUAUAUUUGCCUAAAAACUGAACAAACAACUCGAAAUACAAACAAAGCGUGCAUAAUCAAGACAAAAAACAACAACAACAAUAACAACAGCCGAAACAACCUUCAAGAGUUCCUCAACGAAAAGCUUGAAUAUGCCAGCGGCCAGUUCUCAUUCGCGCCUGUUCUUCUACCUGUUGUGCGUCGCUUCUCUCUUGGCCGUCUCGAAAUCGGAUACCGGUAGUACAAAGAACUCCUAUUUUAUGUCGUAUUUCUAUUAUCUGGUUGUUAACUUUAUCAAUCCAUUUGCAAUGCCCAUUUUUUAUCGCUUUGUUCAUGUCUGGCUCACAUAAAACUUACUGCCGCUGCAGCCACCUGCUGAGGACUUGGCCUACGAUGCCGCCCUGCAGUUGGGCAUUCUGACGCAUCGGCUUAAUCAGCUGGCCCACGAGGAGGAGUCGAGACAAUUGGGUCUCACAAACUUAACACUCAACACUCUGGUUAGCCGUAUACCCUGUAAUUGCGACACGGGUCUAUGCAAAUGUUGUGCAGGCUUUCUCGCCGUGGUUGGCAUGAACAGCUGCACAGAGGUCGCCUAUCGGCCCGAUGAGUUCUCUUUUGAGCUGCGCAUGCGCGUCAACAAUAACAUUUGGUUCCGCCGCAAGGUAUCCGGCCAGAAUCCGCCACCCUUCUGCUUCAGGCCGCCGCGCUUCAAUUUUGCCCGCGCCUGCAUUCAGUUCCAUGAUAUAUGGUUUGUCGGACGUAAUAUGCAUGUAUGCAUGUACAUGUCCGGCGAGUUCCAGGGCUUUGAGCUUUUCGAACGCAACUUUGACUGCCUGUUGUUUGGUGACCAUGGCGUUAAGAUCGUUCCCCCCGAGCAGGGUUACCCGGUGAGGCCGAAUGAUGUGGACAUAGAUGAUGCAGACGACGAGAUCGAGGACUAUGACGAGAAUGUUGUGCGCGGCUUUGCCGAAAAGUUAUUUGGUUGAUCUGCCAUGAGAGCAAACAAUCUCUAUUCCCUGCUAGCUUAUCGCCAUUCUAUAACAUACUAUCUACUACCUAUCCGCAACGCCUUUCAAUUUGUCUUCUUCUAUUUAUUAUCACACAAUCCUUCCUGCUCCUUAUUCCCCAAUCCCUACCCUAAACCUACAUCUAACAUCCUGUAUGCCAUUCCCUAUUUAUAUUUACCGUUUCCCAUAUCCUUUUCUCCACCUUAAUAUUUAUUAUCCCAAACUCCACCUUAUCCUCAUCCUUCAUAGCUACCCCUAUCCUACCCCCUACACCCUGCUAUUUAUUAUCAUAAAGCCCGCAUUGUUAAUUUAUUAAAGCAUCUGAAACGCUUUGUGGCUUGUCCUUUUAUCCUGCGGCACUUGGGCGCCUAAUCACUCGAAAGCAAAGCCCCCAAACCAAGUGGCCACCUGAUGCGCCUCUGCCAAGUGUGAAAACUGCAAAAGGUGCGACGUGUGAUGUUCAAAGGCGAACGAGUCUUCCGCUCGCCUCC